AUCUUCAACGGAUUUUGGAGGAAAAUAAAUAUCGAGCAUCGUCGUCUCCCACAUGCGAUACGAAUCUAACACUGCGAUUCUCAGGACAGAGAGAGACGUCUUCUGGUGUGUCGGUACAGAAUCAACUGAAUCAGAAUCGUAUGAAAAGGGUCAACUUCUUCUGAACUUAUAUCCGACAUGGGAGCCCUAUAAAGAUCGCUUUUAGCUAUUAACAGAACGGGUCUGGGCUUGGUUUUGCUGGAGAAGGCAAGUCAUGUUAUCCAUCCCCAACACCAGGAUGUGGAAUCUGGCAUCGAGCUAUCUUACGGGAAACAUCGGGUUGAGAAAUGACACGAGGAAAGCAGUCCGUCCAGCCGUGGAAUGUCGGGGUGAUGAUGACGAUGAUGCCUCCUCUGUUGCCAGCAAGGAAGAAGGUCUCGAGUGUCCUAUAUGCUGGGAAUCAUUCAACAUAGUUGAGAACGUUCCCUACGUACUAUGGUGUGGCCACACUCUUUGCAAAAACUGCAUUCUCGGGCUUCAGUGGGCUGUCGUGAAGUUUCCUACUCUCCCGGUUCAGCUUCCUCUCUUCAUUUCAUGCCCAUGGUGCAACCUCUUGUCCUUCCGCCUCGUCUUUAAGGGAACUCUCAAGUUCCCUCGCAAGAAUUACUUUGUGCUCUGGAUGGUUGAGAGGAUGAACGGUGAGAGGCUCAAGUCCAACGCUUCUGCACAUGAUGGUGGUGAUGAUGAUUCUCAUCGGAGCUGGUCUUUCCCUGGGAAUUCGCCCAACAUAAACCUAUCUGAUCCGCAUAGAAACCGUAUCAGAGGAUCUCCAAAUCAGCAUGAGCCAUCAGAAUCCGGUAUCGAUCAUCGAAAUGCCCUGAACAACAACAGCAACAUGCGCUUGGAGAGUAUACAGAAUUCGCUGAGGAAGUCGCUGGUGGUAUUUGUUCAUAUGACAGCUAAGUUCCCACUGGUCAUCAUAUUCCUUCUGAUAGUUCUUUACGCCAUACCGACAAGCGCAGCCAUCUUGGCACUGUACAUUCUUAUCACUCUCUUGUUGGCUCUCCCGUCAUUCCUCAUCCUCUACUUUGCAUACCCUUGUCUCGAUUGGCUCGUCAGAGAGAUCGUCGCUUGACUUCCGAGAACCUUCCUUCCUUCCAUGGUUCCCUGCCUCUGCGAUUCGAAGGGUUAGGGUUUAGGGUUUAGCAUGCGGGACUCUGUUUGAACUGGUGCUGCUCCUGGAGAAGGUUUCCAUCCAAGCCACUUAAUGUAAGUAUGGUUCAGAUGUUUUAUGAUACUGUCUGAAGAUGUAGUGUAUGAUAUGGCUGCCAUUGAAGCUAUGGUGAAUGUGUACACAUAUAUGCUGAGGGCUUUUAGUGGGAACCCUGAUAGUUAUAUUAUUUAGCUGAGUAAACUGCUUUUGAGAUUGCUUGAAGUAUACCAACUUUUGGUAAUGUUAUGUAUAAUAAAGCUUAAUGCAAUUGUUAUAUGGUUUUGCCUCU